UUUCGAGAUAUUUGACCAGCGGUGAACUUUUUGCUAACAAUUGGCGCUUACCAGCAAUCGAGAACCAGUGGAGUUUGAUAUUUUGAGCUUUAGCCGAUUUGAUCGCGUUUAGCGGUUCUGUUCACGCUGUUACACCUCAGGCUCUGUUUGUUGCUAUUGUUUUUGCCCUUUAGCGACCUGAGUUCGCGAGAAAUUGCCACAUGAAGUUUUAAAUUCCGUCAACCUGCAAUCUAAAGCAAAAUGCAACGAACUUCAGUCGUUCACUAUGCCUUGCUCUGUUCUUUACAAAUGAUAUUUUUGGAUCGCGGAUCCAGUCAUAAAGCUUUGUGUAAGCCUGGAAGGUUUGUGAAGAACUCACUCUGUGUGUCGUCGUGUGGUCCUGGUUACUAUGGCGACAUCGAGAGUGGGGAAUGCGAAAAGUGCGAUCCCAGUUGUAGCACAUGCAUUGACAGACCAAAGAAAUGUACGAGCUGUGGUCCAGCGCAAUAUAUAAAAGGAACUUCAUGUGUGACGUCUUGUGGUAACCAACUUGCUAAAGGCCCUCCAGUUAGCCAAAUAAGGCUCGUUGGAGGAAAUAACCACUUUGAAGGCCGAAUAGAGAUCUUCUAUGACAACCGUUGGGGUACGGUUUGUGACGAUUCAUGGGAUAUCAACGAUGCUAAAGUUGUUUGUAGAGAGCUGUUGCUAGGUGACGCUCAUGAGGCGGUCACAUUUGGAAGACUGGGAGAAGGUUCAGGAAAGCAACCUAUCUGGCUUUCAAAGGUCGAUUGCCUUGGUAACGAGACGAGACUGCACAAUUGUGCGCAUCCCGGGUGGGGUGAGCACUCCUGUGGUCACUUUGAAGAUGCUGGUGUACGCUGCGCGGGACCUGAUACUACACGGGAAUGUACGGAUCAGUGUGGAGACGGUUACUUUAGUGAUCGAGAUAAUUGCAAAGUGUGCAUGGCUUCUUGUUUAACUUGUAACAAAUCUGCAAGAAAUUGUACAUCUUGUGAUAAGCCCCACUUUUUGAAAGGAAACACUUGUACAACGUAUUGUGGAGAUGGUUUCUAUGGAGAUCCCGCUGACCGAAAGUGCAAAUCAUGCAGCUCCAAUUGCCGCACAUGCGCAGAUGGAACUUAUCCCGGCGUUUGCACAAGUGCAGGCGUAACGCCUCACGACGUUUGCACCAGUUGUCACGACGACCGAUACCUUAAUGGAAGUGACUGCGUAGAAAGUUGUGCGGAGCUCCACGUUGGGCAAAAACGACGAGUGCGUUUGGCGGGAAAGAGACCGACUGACCUGGAAGGUCGCGUCGAAGUAUAUCGCGCGGAAGCCUGGACAACAGUUUGUGACCAAACUUUUGAUUUCAGGGAGGCGACGGUUGUAUGUCGUGAGCUCGGCCUGGGUCCGGCCCUAAAAGCUGUGAAAAGGUCAGCGUAUGGUCGUGGAUACGGACGAAUAUGGACGGAUAUUCUGAAUUGUACAGGACGAGAAAGCACAAUUUUUGAUUGUCCGCUGGUCAAGCGAAGUUUUAGUUCUCGUUGUUACCAUAGCAAUGAUGUCGGAGUGCGGUGUGCGGGGCCUAUAGGAAAACAUCUUACAAAUCGGUGCCAAAAAACCUGUUACGCAGGUUGGUUCAAAAAUGACCUGGAUGUUUGCACAAUGUGUGCAGCUCAAUGCUUGGAAUGCACAGGAACAAAUGUGCGCUGCACGAAGUGUGCAGCACCCAAGUUUUUAAGAGAAAAUACUUGUGUAGGUAAGUGUGCCGAUGAUGAGUUCGGAUACACACCGACACGUGAGUGCCAAAAGUGUAACACUCAUAUCUGUGUCACGUGUAGUGAUGGAUCUGAUGACAAGAAUUGUACCUCUUGCAAGGAGCCAAAAGCGCUAAAAAAUGGCAAGUGUGAAGACGACUGUGGACCAAAUAUGUACAAGAAAAGUGGUCGCUGCGUCGAGGAUUGUGGAAUUUCCAUGUUCAAAAAUCCGAGUAACUAUUCGUGUCUUCCUUGUCCCAAAGACUGCAUCACUUGUGAAUUCAGGUUAGAUAAAGCAGUUUGCACAAUCUGUCAUCCUCCACUUGUCCUCGACGAAAAAAAGGGAGCGUGCUUGGCGAACUGCACUUCUGGGAUCGCUGUACCUGCCGUCAAUUUCACGCUAAAAACCACACCAACAGUAAGGCUGUCCAACGGCAGAGAUUACUUGGAGGGUUUGUUGGAAGUUUAUCACAUGGGUGUAUGGGGAACUGUUUGUGAUGAUGGUUGGGACGCUUCUGAGUCGACUGUCAUCUGCAGAGAGUUGUAUCUUGGAGGCGUCGAUACCUCUGUGUCUUUACGCCAUAUUCUAAAGGGAACAGGUAAGAUGUGGCUGGACGAUGUUUUCUGUAAUGGAGAGGAGAGAUCGUUAAAUGACUGUCGCCAUCGUCCGUGGGGACAAACAAACUGUCAACAUAACGAGGACACCGUUUUGCGCUGCAAGGGCCCAGGAGUGCGUACGUGCAAAGACAGUUGCCCAGAUGGCUUCUUUCCGAUGGGAAGCGAGUGCUUGCAGUGCAAUGCCUCGUGCAAAACGUGCAACGAGACUGCUGAUAAAUGUCUCACCUGUGUACCGGGUUUCUUCAAAAGGAACGACUCCUGCGUGAAGGAAUGUGGCACUGGUUAUUACUUGGACGGUUUUUGUAAAAAAUGCAGCAUGAAUUGUGCUGACUGCGAAGGAAAAGCAGACAACUGCAUCUCGUGUCCGCCCCCAUUAUUUAGGAAGGGCUCAUCUUGUGUUGAAAAUUGCACCAAUGGCUACAGGCCCUCAUCAGUGCCUCUGAUCCGCCUUGCUGGUGGCAAAACACCCUUAGAGGGUAGAAUUGAACUACUUCAUGAUGGGAAAUACGGCACAGUGUGUGAUGACGCCUGGGACAUUCAGAAUGCUCAAGUUGUUUGUAGGAUGUUGAACAUGGGCAAUGCUUCUCGAUCGGUCAUCCGAGCCGGAUUUGGAGCAGGAAAAGGGCCUAUUUGGCUGGAUGAAGUUCAGUGCUUUGGGAAUGAGUCAUCGUUACUUGCAUGCAAGCACCUCGGCUGGGGACAGGAAAACUGUGACCACACCGAGGACGCUGGUGUGGUCUGUAAGGGUCCUGAUCACUCACGUGAUUGCUUAGAUAGCUGUUCCUCAGGUUAUUUUACAAAUCCACUGGAUGGAAGCUGCGGUCGAUGUAGUCCGAACUGCAACGAAUGCCUUGGAACGCCAGAAAACUGCACACUCUGCGAUAAGGACAGGUUCCUCAAUAGAACUGGAAACUACAGUUCGUGUGUCUUUGAUUGCAGAAGAGGACAGUUUGGAGACCCCACUACUAGGAUAUGUUUGGAUUGCUCUCCUGCCUGUUCGGACUGCAUCGAAAAACGGAACAAAUGCACCGAAUGCCCAGUCGGUAAACAUCUCCUGGAAAAUUCAUGCGUGGAGAACUGCACACGCCAGGCAAAUAAAAUUGUCAGCGGUGUCCCCAACAUAAGACUUGUCGGUGUCAACUCCUCGACAGAAGGGCGCGUUGAAUUGUUUUAUCAGGGAGAAUGGGGAACAGUAUGCGAUGAUAGCUUCGACAUGAAAGAAGCAAUGGUGAUAUGUCGUCAGCUCAAAUUGGGAGGAGCCAUUUACGCCUACAACUCUGCAAAAUACGGACAGGGAACUGGGAAAAUAUUGAUGGAUGACAUUCAGUGCACUGGUAACGAACGGAGACUUCAAGAUUGUCCUUUUCAUACAGGUGGAUUUGGGUCUCACAACUGUCACCACAGUGAAGACGCCGGAGUGAAAUGCUCCGGUCCUGAUUUGUCCACAAGGUGUGUGUCCAACUGUGAACCAGGUUUCUACGACACCAAAAACACGUGCAAGCGUUGUCUGCCUCAGUGCAAAGAGUGUCUUGGUAAGGCAGAGCGGUGCUCAAGCUGUAAUCCUCCCUAUUUCUUGGAGUUUUCGGAUUGCGUAAAGGAAUGUCCGUUUCGUAAAUUUGGGAACACCAAGAAUCGGAAGUGUGAGCCUUGCGACAAACAGUGUCAAUCGUGCUACAAUGGGGAAACGAACAAUUUGUGCAAGUCUUGCCGUGAGGGUCUUUUUCUUAAGGGAAUGAAAUGUGUGGAGGAUUGUGGUGAAAUGAAACCCGUGUCUUCCCUGUUUCCAUCAAAGCUGAAAAAACCUUUGGUUCGUUUGGUGGAUGGCAAUAGUAAACAAGAAGGAAGAGUUGAAGUUUUUUACGCCGGCAUGUGGGGAACAGUUUGCGAUGAUGACUGGGAUCUAAAAGAGGCGUCCAUUGUUUGCAAAGAACUCGGCUUUGGAAAAGCAAUAGAGGCUCCUAAGCACUCGAAAUUUGGACAAGGAAGCGGCAUUAUCUGGAUGGAUAACGUGAAUUGUCUUGGUUAUGAGACCUCUCUUACCCAGUGUAGACAAAUUGGCUGGGGUCUGACCAAUUGUGACCCAUUACACGGAGAAGAUGCCGGAGUAGUUUGUGAUAACACAACAGUAGAGGAAAUCAGCAACAACUACUGUAGAAGGGUCAACGAUGGAAAGUGCGAAGAUAAAAAGGAGUGUGAUUUGAUCAACGGUGUUACUUGCGUGAAUCUUAAUUUCCUUGAUCAGAACGGUGUAGAGGAGUCAGUUUGUCUACAAUGCCCUGAUGGUACCGCUGGUGAUGGAAGAGAAUGUCGAGCUGUCGCUUCCAGUCCUCCCAUAUUCGAGGAUUUUCCACCGAGUAGGAAAGAAGUCAAUGCAGAGGACGUGAUAAGCUUACCGUGUCGUUCUAAACCUCCUCGGGUUUACCCAACCGUGCGGGACUGGCGGAAAGACGGGAAACCCCUUCUGGAGAAGGAUAUAACCUCCAAUCGUAUCACCUCACGUGGUGGGCAGCUGCUGAUAAAAUCAGCCACAAGGGAAGAUAGUGGAAAUUACACAUGCAGUCUUGUUAACUGCGCAGGGAAUGUUACUAGUAACAGCUCUCAAGUCAUAGUCAAAGAGGCGCCACGAAUACUUGGAGUCGUGUCUACGAAUGUCAGAAGGGGUGAUGAUGCAGUGUUGAGCUGUGUAGUGUCCAGUUUUCCUCCGAGCAAUAUAACGUGGAAGUUCAAAGGAAAGACUCUGAAAUUCUCAGAUCGUUUGGAGUUUUUAGACGACACCUAUACUCUUAAAGUGAAGAAAGUGACGUUUGAAGAGGCGGGUUCUUACGAAUGCUCUCUUACUAAUGAACUAGGAGAGGCCCGUGCUAAUGCUACCCUCACUGUGGGACUGACUGUCAUGUUCGAAGUAUUUCCCACAAAUACUGUCGGGAAAAAAGGGGCCACAGAAAAAUUAGAGUGUAAAGUGACUGGAAUUCCCACACCUAAAGUAGCUUGGAAGAAGGAUGGUGAAUUGUUAAUGAAUGCCAGUAAACACACCAUCACUACAAAUAUCUCGGCUAAAAAUACUGUUACAAGCCGGUUAUUAAUAAAGGACUUGAGCAAAGAAGACAUUGGGAUUUAUUAUUGUAUAUCAUGGAAUCGUGGCGGUAUUGGACUCAAAGAGACGUCACUUUUGUUACGUGGUCCACCAAUUAUCACUAUUCCUCCAAAGGACGUUCAUAUUCUAUCAAAUGCCAACGCUUCUUUCUUCUGUGUUGGCAUGGGUUAUCCAAAUCCUUCGAUGACGUGGGUCAAGGAUUCUAAACCCAUUCAGCAAUCCACGAGAAUUUUUAGCACAGACGACAAUGCACUCUGGGUACUUAGUGCUACUGUCGAUGAUGUUGGAAUGUACACCUGCGUGUAUAAAAAUAAAUAUGGCGAAGUGAGCGAAUCAGCUUCCCUUUAUGUGGAUGGUAUUGCGCCAGGAAAACAAACCGUGUCGUCGUCUGUGGCGUCCAAGCAACCGAUCUCAACUGGGAAAAUAGUGGCUAUUGUGGUGAUUCUCGUUGUCAUUAUUGCUGUCAUUGUUGGUAUCGUGUUGUAUCGCUACUGUCGAUCACAUGAUCAGACCUUCAAGUUUUCAGUGAACAGUAGAACUCUGAAACCAUCUCUCCGCUCACGGGUCAAGAAUGCCAUGGGAAAGAACCACUCCGCAAAUCUGUACUACAAUCACAGUCAAGAUGGAAUUAAUUUUGACGACAGUAGACCGUUUGCGGACCAGGACGAACUCUGAUGCGUAUAAUUUGAAGAGUUUAACAACUGUCACGCCAAGAGAUUUACAAACGAUAUUUACGAAUAAAGUUUUGCACCCUGUUGUCAUAGAGAAUGACAGCGAGCAACUUUGUAUACGAAGUACUUGUUAAUCAAACCCAGUUAAUGAGCUUUGUGUAAAACUUCUUUAAUGCGUCGGAUGUAGGAUCACAUUAGCAAUCAAAUUUUAUAAUUAGGAUAUGAUAAGGCGUGCUCUUGAGGUAUUGGUUUCCUUGCCCUCUGAGGUAAAGUUGAAAAACUUUUAGGCUACACUAAUUUUUUAUCCCUGGGGGUGCAAAACUGCACCCCAUGGAUAACGACGAGUAUUUGGGUACUAUAUGCUCUGGGCAGCAGACCCAACAGUUUUAAAUUAAACGACACCCAGAAAGGAGAGGGUGAACCUUCGGAAGAAAAGGUUGAGCAAGAGUUAAUAAUGCUUGUGAAUGGGACAGAAAAUCCCAGGAGUAUAGGAACACUGUGCUACAGCUAGUAAAGGGUUUACACUGAUAUACGGUGAUCCGAGAGAAUUUUUUUUUUUUUGAAAGAUUAGGGUGUCUUAAUUUUCACCAAGACAUGUUAUCUUUAGCACAGAUAACCGCAUUAUAUCAUGUUUUAUCGAUAGCUGCGUUGCCAGUUAUUAAACCAUUGUUAUAUAAAUGGAAGAUUAUCAUGAGGUAUUCACAAGAUUUUAUUCAGAGACUCGCAGUUCAUGUUCACAAAUGACCGCUUUUGAUUAUGUCACAUUUGCGGGAUUUUUUUUUCAAUUUUACAAGUUUUUCUGACAGCUUAUUUCAGAUUUCCUCUUUUUUAUGGUAACGCGCAACUCGUUGACAGCGUUACUGUAAACGUUGGCCAUGUCCAUAAAUCUCCCGUAACGCACUGAGGUCCCAUUUUCCUCGAAGUAGAACUUACCAGACGAGUGACUCCUGCAUGCGUUGCAAGUCAAAUAGCGGUCAUCACGAGCAUUAAGUAUCUGGUUAAAAAAAUAUAUUCUUUAACACAUUUAACAUUGUUCAUACCAGCAGAGCGAUAUGAUUGUUUGUUUUCCUCCAACAAUCCCGUUUGUUCUGUGUUUGAACAUAUGACAAAAGAAUAUAAACGCCCAAGUUUUUAGGGAGAAUUUCUUUUAGGGAGAAUUUCUUUUAGGGAAAAUCCCGUAAGUCGAGUUAAUUAUGGUUAAUUAUGGUUAAUGAUGUCUAAUGUUAGAUUUUAACUGUUGUGUAAAAAUUUAUCACUGCCAUUUUUGAAAUUAGACUGUUUUUGACAUCA